AUGAAUAUGGUGGCUAUCUACUUCAAAUGGUGCAGCACCAUAACUUUCUUGAAAAGGAAUAGCAUCACUUUCAAGAGUUUCUACAAUGAUUUAAUUGAUCAUGAUCGCCAACCUGUCAUCUCUGGACCAGAAAAAGAUGACAACUUUCGUACCAACAAGAUCGAAUAUGUUCUUCAAGCACAAUCAUUAAAGUUUAAAAAUAUUAAUGUUACAGCUUUAGAAUAUAAUAAAUUAUUUAAGAAAGUAAUGAGUUAUAGAUUUCAAUUCAAAUAUACAGAGUAUGCAACGUUAGAUUAG